AUGAUCUCUCGCACCAUUUGUAUCUUCGUUGCCUUCGCCGCGCAAACACUUGCCCAGGACCAGUGUUGGACCAAAGGCGUGACAGCACCAACCGCAGCUCCCAACGCAUAUCAAAAAUGUCCAAACUCGAAUAUGUGCUGCCGAACGAAUGCCGAUGAUGGCGACAGGUGCGCCACAAGUGCCGACCGUGCCGGUCUUUGCAUAUCCAAGAACUUCGACAUCUGGCGUGAAAGCUGUACGGAUAAACAAUGGCGGGAUGGUAAUUGCCUACAAUUGUGCACAGAUCCCUAUGUGAGAGAUAAUGGUUCCACACUCAACCGCUCAGAAAGUGACUGGUUGAUCACACCAUGCGAAGACGGAAGCCUAUGCUGCGGUAUCCGCGGAUCAGAAGAGUACGGCGAUUGUUGUAGGGCAAAUAAAGGCGUCUGGCUGGAUAACUUCAAAAUCCUCUCAACGAAACCGGCAUAUGGAUCGUUGUCCUCCGGAUUCGCAUCGCCAACAGGCUGUCCGUCUUCUUCGACCCCACGACAGUGCUCUUCGUCUAACAACACCGGAGCGAUUGUGGGUGGGGUAGUGGGUGGAGUCGGAGGCAUCGUGGCGAUUGUGCUUGGCUUGUGGUUGCUGUUAAGACACAGAAAGCCUAACAGAGGAGCCAGGAGCGAAUUGCAAGACACUGGCGUGGUGCCGACUGAAAAGUAUGCGAUGCAACCUGGAGGUGGAUUGCCAUACCAUCAUGGACCGCCACCAGGAGAGCUUCCGAGCAGUCCUGCAGCAGUGGAAUUGGGUACCAUAUGA